AAGAUUUAUAAUAAGCUUCAAGCCUGGAGCGCGGCGACGAAGAAGCUCAGGUAACAUUGCAGGUUUACAGAGCUGCGUGCUUUCACCGGGUAGUACAUUUGCGGAAGAGGACGAUGCAUUGACGUCAGAAAGUUGUCCCUCCCUCAGCCAAUGCUCUGCCCCGUCUUUCCCGCCUCCUGCUGCGCGCGCGCGUACCCGGCCUACUCGCGGCUCUUAGGGAUCAGUGCGCGCUGCGCUCUUGCCGGUUUUUGGCUGUGUGAGGGCAUAUUCUGAGCCGCGUCAACUCCUCAGCGCCCGCUCGUUUGUCGGGGGGAGGGAGGGGGGACUGUGAUCGGAGGAACCAUCCGGGAGAUAGAGAGGGGGGACAGCACCCGCUGGCCUGUUUGGUGACUCGGGUAAGGCGUGAAUAAAAGCGAAACGGGGCUACCAACCCCCCCAAACCGGGGACGAUGAGCAUCGAGAUUCCUCCCGGCCUGACGGACUUACUUCAGGGUUAUACAGUGGAGGUGCUGCGCCAGAAGCCGCCUGACCUGGUGGAGUUUGCCAUACAGUAUUUCACUCGGCUCAAGGAGAAGGAACUACAGGAUGGCGCAGGGGCCGGCGCUCUACGGCCUCACGUCCGGGUGGUCAACUUUGACGGGGAACCCAUGCAGACCGAGUCCAACGGCGACGAAGAGGAGGACGAUGAAGAUGACGACGACUCCGAUUUUGAACCGCCUGUUAUCAAUAGAUACAGUAGAAGAGUAUCGGUGUGUGCAGAAGCCUUUAAUCCUGAUGAAGAGGAUGAAGACACAGAACCAAGGGUCGUUCACCCUAAAACAGAUGAACAGAGAUGUAGAUUACAGGAAGCAUGCAAAGAUAUUUUAAUUUUUAAAAACCUUGACCAGGAGCAGCUCUCUCAGGUGCUUGAUGCAAUGUUUGAGAGGAGAGUGAAACCUCAGGAACAUGUUAUUGACCAGGGAGAUGAUGGAGAUAACUUCUACGUUAUUGAAAGAGGACAAUAUGACAUAUUCGUAGAGCGAGAUGGUCAGUCAAGAUGUGUGGGCAAAUAUGAUAAUCGUGGAAGUUUUGGUGAACUGGCAUUGAUGUACAACACUCCUAGGGCUGCAACCAUUGUUGCCACAACAGAAGGGUCUCUUUGGGGGCUGGACAGAGUGACCUUCAGACGUAUUAUUUUGAAAAACAAUGCUAAAAAGCGAAGAACUUAUGAAAUAUUUAUUGAAUCUGUACCUGUUCUCAAAUCAUUAGAGCUUUCUGAGCGCAUGAAAAUUGUUGAUGUAAUUGGUGCAAAAGUGUAUAAAGAUGGAGAUCGUAUCAUUUCACAGGGUGAUAAAGCGGACUGCUUUUAUAUUGUGGAAUCGGGAGAGGUAAAAAUCAUGAUGAAAAGUAAGACAAAAACAGGUCAAGAAGGUAACCAGGAAGUAGAGAUCGCACGCUGUAAUAGUGGACAGUAUUUUGGAGAACUAGCUCUCGUUACCAACAAGCCAAGAGCAGCUUCAGCCUACGCUGUGGGGGACGUCAAGUGCUUAAUUAUGGAUGUGCAGGCAUUUGAAAGAUUGCUGGGCCCCUGCAUGGACAUUAUGAAGAGAAAUAUCACGCAUUAUGAAGAGCAGCUGGUUGCAUUGUUUGGUUCCAGCAUGGACCUUAGGGAUCCAGGAAAAUAGGCACAGUUACCUCAUUGCCUUCUCUGUUCAAGACACAGAAAAAAAAGCUUCCUGUCAGCAACACAACAAACAAGGGACAAAGAGCACUGUGGAACAGCUACUGCUGCUGUUGUCUUGAGCACUCUUUUUCUUUUUCACCCCCUUUAUUUUUUAAACACAAAGUAAAGCUUCAGCAGCAGAGACCAUGGUAGAAAUCCAGUCUGGGCCAUUUUGCUGCUGAGAUCCCAUUAUUAGACCUAGAAAUACGUGCCUUUCUUUUUCCUCUCCUGGUUAAGAAUGGCAAAUUAGCCCUUGUUGCGAUACAUUUUGUAAGUGCCUACGCCAUAGCCCAGUAUCUGAGCAUAACAAGUAGAAUUUAAACAAACAAAACUUUUUUGUUAUUAACAUGGCUGCCAUUUUUCAAGUCAAAACUAUGAGGUUGAUCGGCAAUAAGGUUUACUUUUACUUGGAUACUGUUCUUUGGUUCAGCACUGCAGCCUAUUAACGUUGCAGAUUUUUAUUCAUCACUUUAGUCACGUGGCACCCUCUGCAGCUUGCCUUGGGAAAAUGGUGUUUAGCCUAUGCAACCGAUUCUAUAGCUAAUGAUCUAGUGACAGCAGUUUUGUUUAGAUAUCCUGCCAUAUAUAAGAACUUGAAAGUGUUGCAUUUCAAUAGCUCUUCGAAUUGCCACAAAGAUGUUUCUCAAAGUAACGACAAUAGGUCUGAGAGUUAAUUUGUAAAAUGUUUUCGCAUUGCUGGGCUUCCCUCCCUCAUUAGUUAUC